AUGAACGUGACAGGUGUCAUUAAUGAGACCACCACAGGGUCUCUUAGUCUUACCUCACCAACUUUUGGCUACAUUGCUAUUGUAGUCUGUGCCGUUGGGUUUGGCACCAAUUACCUCCCUGUGAAAAAAUUCAACAUGGGCGAUGGAAUGUUCUUCCAAUGGAUGAUGUGUAAUGCUAUAUUACUUGUCGGUAUCAUUGUGAACUGCGCGGUUGGAUGUCCAAAAUUCUACCCUCUUGCAAUGUUUGGUGGUGCACUAUGGGCUGCUGGCAAUUCGUUGAGCGUGACAAUCAUUAAAGCAAUUGGUGUGGGACUUGGUAUGAUUAUUUGGUCAAUGUCCAACCUGCUUUUCGGAUUCGCUACAAGUCGAUUCGGAUGGUUUGGAAUUGCCCAGAAGAUCCCGAAGAGACCAAUCAUGAACUAUAUCGGUGUGGCCAUUGCCCUUGGAAGCGUUAUCAUUUUCGCGGCAAUUAAACCCAACCAAUCGGAGAGCAAGGAGUCCUCGGGUAGAGAUGAAGAAGCAGAUGAAGCAGUUCGAACGGGGAGAAAUACCACUAAAACUCUCCUUAUGGAUGAGAGAGAAAAUUCCGGACGAUGUGGUCGCAUCUGCAAACCGGUCUCAAGCAUGCCCUUGGCUCAAAGACGUAUAAUGCAAGUGGUAUUUGGCAGAAAUGCCACAAAUACAAUAAGUGCUGAAAAUAUCACUUCAUCUAUUACUAACGGUGUCCUCUUGGCUGUGAUCGCUGGUUCUCUCUAUGGAAACAAUUUCGUUCCAACUCAGUAUAUCCAAACCCGGUACGAGGGAGCUAGUGUGGAGGGUCUCCAUUACGUUUUCGCUAACUUUGUCGGCAUUUGGAUGGCCUCCACCGCCAUCUUUCUGAUCUACGCCUUAUGCAAGAGAAACCGACCAUGGAUUCCCUCGCCAAAAGCCAUUAUUCCGGCCUUAAUAAGCGGUGUUCUAUGGGGAACAGCGCAGUCGGCUUGGUUUGUAGCUAAUGCUGCUCUCGGCGAACCAGUCACGUUUCCUAUCAUCACCACCUGUCCAGCUCUGAUAGCCACAAUUUGUGGUUCAAUUUUCUUCCGUGAAAUUAGAGGAAAACGGAACUAUAUCCUUCUUGCCCUAGCUUUUUGUGUGACAGCUGUCGGUGUAACUCUGAAUGCGCUUUCAAACGUUUAG